AGCUAGCCGCAGAGACAGCUGGAGCAACACAACAAACCUGUCCGGAGACUCGCUGACAGGCUCACAAGUGGCAAAGUAGUUUGCUCGGAAAACUUGUUAACCAGUGGAUCUUAUGGCUGAGAGUGAGGAUAUCUUUCUCAGGGCAAAACAUCGGACAUUUAGCGGACUGACUGAAGAUGCAGAGCGUGAGUGGACGGGACCAUUCUGCUUCAUCCAGGCCGCAGACCCCCAGCUUGGGCUGAUGAAGGCCUGGAGGGACGGCGACUGCGAUGGCGGAGGGGACAUAUGGGAGGAGGAGGUUGAGCUCACCAAGCAGGCUGUGGAGGCCGUUAACCAGCUCAGACCCAGACCAAGGUUCAUGGUGCUGUGUGGGGAUCUGGUCCAUGCCAUGCCAGACACGCCAUUCAGAGAAGGUCAGGAGAGAGACCUGAAGGCAGCCUUGAAGGGAACAGAUCCCUCCAUCCCUCUGGUGUUUGUCAGUGGCAACCAUGACUUGGGCAACACACCCACCCCCAGUACAGUGGAGCAGUACUGCAGUGCAUGGGGGGAUGACUAUUUCAGCUUCUGGGUGGGUGGAGUCCUCUGCCUGGUUCUGAACUCCCAGUUAUUCUACGAUGCCUCAGCCUGCCCUCAGCUGAAGGAGGCCCAGGAGACGUGGCUGGAGGAGCAGCUGAGCAGAGCCUCCUCCUCCUCCUCCUCUUCGGCGGGACCCAAACCCAAACACAUCUUGGUGUUCCAGCACAUUCCUCUGUACCUAAAGAGCCCUGAUGAGGAGGAUGACUACUUCAACCUGCAGAGGGUAGUCAGGCAAAACCUGCUGGACAGGUUCAAGAGGGCAGGGGUGAAGGCGGUCUUCUCUGGCCAUUACCACCGAAACGCCGGCGGUUGCCACGGUGGCCUGGACAUGGUCGUGAGCUCCGCCAUCGGCUGCCAGCUCGGCGACGACACCCACGGUGUCAGGGUGGUGGUGGUGACAGCCGAAGAUGUCAUCCAUCGCUACUACAGCCUAGAGCAGCUGAGAGGGAGAGGCAUGGAUGAGGAACUCAGGAAGCUCCUGCAGCCUGAGGGCUGAUGAUGGAGGGAAAACAGGAGAAGUUUGGCUGGUUUCCUUUUUCUUUUCUUUCUUUUUUUUUCUUUUUUUUUUUUAUUUGGUGAAUUGGCUUUGUUUGGAUUUUAUAGAUUUGAGCCCCUGGUCUUAGAGACAUACAACAAAGUUUAUGAAGAUUGUCACGUAGGUCAACUCAGAUAAGAUAAGUUAAUGUAAAAAAUGUUGAAUUUGACCUGUAGCUCAGUCUCCAAAAAAUCUGUGUGCUGAUUAAAGUGGAAAAAUAAGUUAAAGAUUCAUAUUGAGGCAUGUACUGUAAAUUGGCCUGAAAUAAAACAAGGGCAGUGAAUUUAAAACCAUAAGACAAAGACCACGUGCCAACCAGAUGUUAUACAUUAGACUGAAUCUUAUGAUGAAACUAAAUCGCGUUUAUUUUCUCUCUACUGAAUGUCUUCCUGGGAUUAUCUGUCAGCAGAAAGGAUGUUAUUAUCUCUGCUCCCACUGCCCUAAAAGGGCCACACAAAGAUCAGUGAAUGAGUUCUAAAACCGGUGGUUGUUCUGUGGAGAAGCACUACCUUUCCCAGUCCUCCUAUAUCUGAAGUAGCAUUACACCCUCUGACGCCCACUCUGUCUGUCUGUGCAGUGUAACAUGUUUAAAGUUCAAGACAAAACGCUCUGGUGCCGUCAAAUGUUUGCCUGUGUAACUUUAAAUGUGUACAAACUUUUCCAUCGAUGAAGGAAGAUUCCACCGUAAGACGCCGACAUUUUGACCAGAACAGUUACAGAAGGUGCGGAUGACAAAAAGACACAUUUCACUUUUUCAUCUCAGCUCUUCACUGUUAAACAGUGGAAUGUUACUUUUAAUGAUCCUAAAAUAUCCAGCUAUAGCACUAGCUCUAUCUGCUAUGUUUGUUGUUGCUGCAGUGUAAUGCCUGGUUGGCCAUCCUAUGCAAGUGAAUCAUAUCAUCAUAUCGUGUGUGUGUGUGUGCGUGUGCAUGUGCGUGCGUGUGUGCGUGUGGUACAUUGUUUCAGUGACCUGGAAGAUGUGGCUCUGACUUGGAGCUGUUUUCUAUAGCCACUUACACUGCCCUCACAGGACAGAGAUACAAACUCUUCAGAGUAACCCUGAGAUUUUUUUUUUGUCCAGCCUAUUUAGUGUUGUAGAGUAAUUCUGAAUUUAUGUUGACUUGAAAGAUUAUUCUAAAUCCAUAUUAAUUCUAACUAAAAUUACAAUCUUGUUUGUUUUUCUUUUUUUUUUUGAUUUCUGAAGUUACAAUCCUUAAGACUGAUUAAGAGAUUCACCUGUGGCAAUAUUUAUUCAAAUUAAUGUAUAGUAAAAAGAAAAGAAAUGCUCCGAAUGAUUGUUGUCGAAUUUUCUGUCACUGUCAGUGCAAACCUCUGUGACUGGUUCACAAUAAGAGCCACCCCCACAUUUUGCCUCUUAUACACUUUUAA